AAUAAUAUGCUAAGUAAUUCAAAGGAUAGACUGCAGGUCUCUCUUACUCUUAAACGGUAUAAAUACCUCCAAAUCAAUCCUAUCCGUACCACCAGCCUCUCUCUCUCUCUCUCUCUCUCUCUGUCUCUACCCCAUAAGGCUAAUUUUUUUCCCUCUCUAAUAAUCCAUUAAAUCAGGUCUUAGCAUAUGGGUUCUAAAUCAGUUGAGGAUAUGAUAGAGGCCUCAUCUGGGGUGCAUUUUUCUGGUUUCCAUAUGGAUGGUUUGGGGUCAAGAAAUAUUGAGAAGGCUACAACCUCAUCGGCUACUGAAAAUGUGCAUAAACAACCUUUUGUUAUUGGAGUUGCUGGGGGAUCAGCAUCUGGUAAGACUACAGUCUGCGAUAUGAUUAUUCAACAACUUCAUGAUCAGCGUGUUGUAUUAGUUAAUCAGGAUUCCUUUUAUCACAAUCUCUCUGAAGAGGAAUUUGCAAGAGUUCAUGAAUGCAACUUUGAUCAUCCUGAUGCUUUUGACACUGAGAAAUUAUUAGAUUCUAUGGAGAAUUUGAGGCAUGGCCAAGCAGUUGAUAUUCCAAACUAUGAUUUCAAGAGUUAUAAAAGUAAUGUUUUCCCAGCCAGAAGGGUUAAUCCUUCAGAUGUUAUAAUUUUGGAAGGGAUACUCAUUUUUCAUGACCAUCGUGUCCGAGAGUUGAUGAACAUGAAAAUAUUUGUUGAUACAGAUGCUGAUGUACGACUAGCAAGAAGGAUAAGGCGUGAUACUGUUGAUAAGGGCAGAGAUAUUGAUACUGUCCUUGAUCAGUAUUCCAAAUUUGUGAAGCCUGCUUUCGAUGACUUUAUACUUCCAACAAAGAAAUAUGCAGAUAUUAUCAUUCCCCGUGGGGGAGAUAAUCAUGUAGCAGUUGAUCUGAUUGUGCAGCAUAUUAGGACAAAGCUUGGCCAGCAUGAUCUCUGUAAAAUCUACCCAAACCUAUAUGUCAUUCAUUCGACUUUUCAGAUACGAGGCAUGCACACCCUCAUUCGUGAUUCUCAAACAACGAAACAUGACUUUGUUUUUUAUGCUGAUCGGUUGAUUCGUUUGGUUGUUGAACAUGGGCUGGGACAUCUGCCAUUUACAGAAAAGCAGGUGAUCACUCCAACUGGGUCUGUAUAUACAGGUGUGGAUUUCUGUAAGAGACUAUGUGGUGUUUCUGUUAUUAGGAGUGGUGAGAGUAUGGAGAAUGCUUUGAGAGCAUGUUGCAAAGGUAUCAAGAUUGGCAAGAUUCUUAUUCAUAGGGAAGGUGACAAUGGUCAGCAGCUUAUUUAUGAAAAAUUACCGCAAGACAUCUCACAAAGGCAUGUGCUGCUACUGGAUCCUAUUCUAGGCACAGGCAAUUCAGCUGUUCAAGCUAUUUCAUUGCUUAUAAAAAAGGGUGUACCAGAGUCCAACAUCAUAUUUCUCAAUCUCAUAUCUGCACCUCAGGGUGUACAUGUCGUGUGCAAAACCUUCCCAAGAAUAAAGAUUGUGACGUCUGAAAUUGAUAUUGGUUUAAACGAAGAUUUCCGUGUUGUCCCUGGUAUGGGUGAGUUUGGAGACCGAUAUUUUGGAACUGAUGAUGAUGACCAGCAAGUAAUGACCCCUGUGCCAUACUUCAACCGGAGCUGCUGAGUUUUCAACCCACAUAUCUUCUUCCAGGCGAUUUGCUGUUGAGCUAGAGGAUUAAACUGAGCAUGCUUUAGUCAUGUUGAGUUUCACUUGGUUUGAAACAAUUUUGACUUGAUUACAGCCCCAUUGUUGAAUCAACUUUUUCUUUUUCCUAAAUCUUUCGAGUCACACCAGGGUUGCCGUUUACAUAUCUCUAUUAUCUGAUGAUGAUACUUGAAAAUGGUCUAACUUGCUUGCAACCACAUAGAAAACAACUUUGCUUUUUCAUUCAUGGUAUUAGAGGGGAGUAGUUGCAGGCAGAACUUCAUAAAUUCAUUAGCAGCCUCCCCACGAUAUGUGUAUUUCGAAACCCCAUUAUGUCACUUAAAUAUAAAGAAAUUCAUUCUACAUCA